AUCAUCGUUAGUUUGAUUUUCAUAUUCUAGUAAGAAUGGCCGUAGAAAAAAGUAAAAUAAUUCUCCACAGCAUUGAUCGUGCAAAAGUCUGUCCAAAUGCGUCUCCAUAUGUUUUGAAAUUGGAAACGUAUUUACGAAUGGCAGAAAUUCCGUACACAUUUGAUACGAGUAAACCGUUUGGAAGCAAAGGAAAAACUCCAUGGAUCACGAUUGAUGGACAAGACAUUGCUGAUUCGCAACUAAUUAUUGAAUUCUUGAACAAGAAAUUAAAGGUAGAUUUGUGGAAAAAUGCGACCGCCAAAGAAAAGGCAAUAUCUCAAGCCAUGAGAAUCAUGUUGGAGGAUCACUUUAUUCAUGCCAUAGCAGAAUGGCGUUGGAUCACUGCUCUCGAUCAAAUCGAUCAAAUAAUGGAUAUGUCAGGAAUAGCAUAUUGGUUCAUUAAAAAAGCUGUAUCAAGGCGAGUAAAAACGGCUCUAACAAAUCAGGGCAUUUUGUUACACACACCCGAGGAACGAUUGGGCCUAUUAACCGGAGAUUUAAAGGCUGUUUCAACAUUCCUCGGAGAAAGUUCCUAUUUUCUCGGGGAGGAACCAACUGAAAUCGAUUGUGCCAUUUUCGGUGUUAUGGCCCAAUGUGUGUACUGUGCUCCUGGAUCACCGUACGAAAAGAUAGUCAGUGAACAAUUUCCGAACAUCAAGAACUACUGCGAAAGGAUGAAAAACAAAUUUUAUCCUGACUGGGACAGUCUAUUGAAAAAAUCGAAUUAAGUUGCAGAAUGUUGUUACACGAAUAAAAUGUGAUUUUG